AAAAAAUUUUGGAAAUUAAUUACCGAUGGCAUGGUAUCCAAAGAGUACAAUUUAAGUACUAACCAAUGUAUUUCAAACAUGGAUUACCUUAAAAGGGCUUACAAGAAAAUUAAAGAUCAUAAUGCUCAGAGCGGAAAUGAUAAAAAAACGUGUUCUUAUUAUGACGAGCUUGAUGAACUAUUUCAAAAGAAGCCGUGGAUUACGCCACUGUCUGUGGUUGGAUCCAAUAUGCCAUUAGGCAAUUUAGAUACUAACAAUUCAUCAGCAACAAACUUGAAGCGUCCAAAAUCAGCGCUAGAAGCGCUGAAAGUACAGUAUCUGGAGCAAUCGUUGGAAUUAAAGCGAUUGAAACGAGAUGACACAGAAAAUUAUAGAGACAAAAAAUUAGCAGUUAUGCAAGAUUUAGUAAAAGUUCUUAAAAAAUAAGAUAUAUUAUAAUAGACAUACUUCUUACUUCAGUAUUGUUGGACAAUAAGUUAGCUUUUGUGUAUUGGAAGCGAUCACUUGUUCAAUAACAGGCUUUCGUACACAUGCUUAUUAUCUACUUGCAAUAUCAUUGAUAACUGAAGAUAACAGUUUGUGAUAUUAUGAGAUUAGUCACAAUAUUAUUAGUUAUAUGUAAUAUUUAAGUGUCUCCAAUGUUGUCAUUUAAAUAUUUAUUGAAAAAUAAAGUAUCGGAGAUCAGUGUGAUAACUAUCGUAAAGGGAUAAAACUGUUUACGUGGUACUAAAUAUUUAGUUAUAAUAUUUCAAUGUUAUAAUUAAAUCUUAAUAAUGAUAUAGUAAAUAUAAUAGAACAGACAGAAUGUACAGUUUUACCCCUGCCCAAAGGUGUCCUAUUCUCUCUAUAUUCAAAGGAACGAUUAGCUUAUUAGCUUUUGACUGAUUAAUUAGUUAAAGAGUACGUACUCAUGUUUAGCAUAUAGAAGUAUAUAACUAUACGUUAAAAUUAAAAAACAAUGUUAUGUGAAACUGAAGUUAACGUAAUGUUCAAACUUACUAUAUAUUGUA